AUGACAGCAAAAACCAAACAGGACUGGUUGUCAUUGCCUAGGAGCAAAAAGUCUUAUACAAUUGAGAGUCUCCAGCACCCGAGCGCUGAAGUGAGGGAGUUUGCCUGCGCCAGCAUUUCCAAGCUCUUGCAGCAGAAGCACCUCAUCCCGGCCUUCCUGCACAGGGACGUCGUGCGGUGCUUGGGGCCGAUGCUGCUGGACCACAGCUUGGCCGUUCGCGAGACGGCCGCGGGGGCUCUCCGAAAUCUCAGUGCUUGUGGAGGAUUUGAGGUCUGUGAUGACAUGGUGACAAAAGACAUCAUGACUCCCCUUGUUGCUCUUCUGAAAGAGUGUAGCGCAGGACUAGAUGCUAAUCAGCUCUCUCCAAAGAAAUGCAAAGAAACGAACAAAAAUUAUGUUGAAGACAUAGCCAAUGAGGCUAUUAACUUGCUGUGGAAUGUGUGUGAAUGCAACAAUACAGCAGUAUCUAUAUUCAAUAAAGAAGGGUGUCUGGAGGCUGUAUUACAUUAUAUGAAGAAAUUCUCUACGAAUGUGGAUCUGGCUAUUUCAGUAGCAAACUGUUUACAGGCAGUGACAGAGGAUAAUCCUGAACUUCUUUCUUCAUUCAAUUCUUCUGCACAACAAGUACUAGAAAGUGUUCUGUUGUGUCCAGAGGGCACGAUGAAGCAUAUUCUUCUGAGAACGCUGAUAGCAGGUACUAUCUGGAAUAUCAAGGACACCAUUCCACCAGGCAGCCUGGCAAGCAUGGUUAAUGCAAUCCUGAAGAUUUUCUCAGAAUCACUGGAAGUAGAUGCUGGUGAAACAAUUAUUCGUUUGAGUGAAGCUGAAAGAAACAGGUUAAAACUUGCUGCAGAGGCAGAAACUGAGGAAAACAUGAAUGAUGUUAUAGACAACUGUGUUUUGAGUGAAGAUAAUGAAAUGGAAGAAAUACCAAAAGGAAAAGUCAGGCAAGAAAAUGACAUUUCUGACCUAAUUCCAUCUAAUAAGUGGGAGCUGAAAGAAGUGACAGCCUUACUGAUGGCUCAGCAGACUGCUCUGGAGGUCAUUGUUAACAUGUGCUGCAAUGAAGAUCCCUCUGACGACGAAUGGGAGGAGCUCUCCAGCAGUGAUGAAAGUGAUUUGUUUAUGGAAAAUUCAUACAAUGAGGGCAGUGGGCUGCUAAUGUCACCUCUAUGUCUCUCUGAUGAGGUUAAGUCAGCGUUUCUGAACUACCUCAUUCCAAAGAAGAUUCUUGAAAAAACUUCUUUUCCGAACAGUGUUGCUCUAGACAUCUGUACGCACAAUCCAUCUUGGAAACCAUUAAUUAAAAAGCUGAACACAGUGCAGUGCAGAGCUCUGACCUGUCUUCACAGCAUUUUAUUAGUGUCAGAUGUGGAUUGUCUCGGAGGAGCUCCGGCACUCCAAUGCCUUGCAGAGCAUCUCUCACAGCUGGUCUUUUCCAAAACAGAAUUCCCUAAAGACACAGAAUUCCUGGAAGCCAUAACCAGUGCUUUGAGGGCUCUCUUACAAACAAUGGCAUCAAAGAACAUCUCCCAGUGUAUGACUCCUGAGCAGCUUAUUGCUCUAUGUGAAGCUGCUAUUCACAGCAGCAACUCCAGUGUCAGAGUGAAUGUAGUUAGCAUCCUUGGAAUUUCGGGCAGCGUCCUAGCAAAAUCAGAAAAUACAGCUGAAACACUAAAGAUGAUUGGAAAAUUUCUUCUUGAGGUUGCUAUGAAGGAAUCUUCUCUUGUAGUAGCCGGGGAAGCCCUGGAUGCACUUUUUGAUGUGUUUGCAGAUGGUAAAGAAGCGGAAAAGGCAGCAGUACAAAUUAAGUUACUCCCAGCACUGAAAGAAUUUCAACCAGUAUUCAAAAUGAGGAUGCGAAAAGAAGGGAAAAGAGAAUAUAGUGCAGAUCAGCUCUGUGUUCUUGACAACGUGAAGAUGAAUUUGAGAAGAUUCAUUGCAUAUCAGGAGACAUUAGUGAAAAACUCAACUUGAAACAUCAAGGAACUUUUAAGGUUUCCUUUAUUGAAUAAUGUUUUCCAAAAAUAUAACUAUUUUGGCUUCCAAAAU